UGGAUGCAUGUAGCGGUGGCAUCAGGCAUCGGCGUGAGAUGCCAACGAGGAACAUCCAGGCCUCAAUUCCCAACGCGCCAGGUGAGCAUCCAGGUGUUCUGUUGCAACUUAGUGCUAGUGUAUGAGACUACAAAUCAAGUGGGCUACGGACAAGACAUAGAUAGAGGAACUGAAACAUUGUUGGUUUCUCCUCUCUCAAAAUAGCUAGCGCUGAAUCAGUCAUCAAAAGAUCGCCCGUGCUUCGCUGCUUCUUUGGCUUAACUUGAUGGCGCAUGCAUGCCCGAUAUCUGAAUAUGAAGGCAGGUGACAGCCUGACAAGAAGGUUGCACGUACUCGGUGAUCGGAUCGGAAGAAGCAGACGACUUCCAGUUCGAGUGUCCUUCAGUGGUUCCUGGACUGGACAUGCACAUACACAUCUGAUACAUCGCAAUGCUAGAGAUGGUAGGAGUGAAGAAAGAGCAAGACGAGAGCCAGGAUGAUGACGAGGAGGUAGGCGCCAAGAUGAUCAGCAGGCAAGAGAAGAUCACAUCUCAGAAGGGGGAGGAGAAGAAGAAGAGGAAGAUGGCUUCCGACCCACACAGGAAGCGUGCUUGUGUGGACUGCACGAAGAGAUGCGCCCGAGUUCACGGCCGCUCUGCCUCCCCAGACCCGGAGAACGCUCGGCGCCCGGCCGCGAUGCCGACGCUGCCGUCCUUCUUCAAGGUCAUGAUGGGCUACUUCUCCGAAACCAUGGUCAUACCGCCGCCAUUUGCGAAGACGAUAAAGGACCUGAAGGGCUCCAAUGUUUACCUGGAAGACGCCUUCGGGCUACGCUGGCGAGUGCGCGUGUGCUCGGACGACGGCUUACUGUCAUUCGGGCACGGAUGGAAGAACUUUGUGCUGGACCAUGCCAUCGGCGCCGGGGAGUUCCUGGUGUUCAGGCAGAUCGCCAGGACGGUCUUCGCGGUCCAGAUUUUCGCUAGAUCGGCCUGCGAAAGACUGUACUUCUGCGAGAAGAACCAGAGGCAGAGCCGGAAGAGGAAAAAGGCCCGGGAGAAAACAGGUAAAGAAAUGGUGAAAGUAAGUCAGGAUAAUGGGGAUAGACGCAGUGGAAAGAAGCAGCGUAGUAGUUACAAUCAGCAGGAUGAUCUGGGCACGGUAACUCUGUUAGAUGCAGAGACAGAGACAGCAGCAGACUGUACAAUUCUUCAUAGCGGAGGAGGAACUGAAACUGAGGACCGUGGGGGCUCUAAUUUUCCGACAAGUCCAGAACUGGCAACACCUCUGGCCACGAUGGAUAUUAACGAUGAGAUCACGGAUGACAUAUUUUUGACAGCUGACGUGUACGAAUUCGAGACUGAUUUUUGUGACCCAGAAGCAUUUUCUGUUGAAGUGGGUUUGGAAGAGCACGUUGCCCAUGGACAUAAUUCAGGUUUCAGUUGUGGUGCUGAGAUGAGCUCACGGAAUUGUGACUCUUCCGUGGGAGUUUGCCUGGAAAAUAGAGAGAUGGCUGAUGUACCGGUAACAAGUACUGCUGGUAAUGACCCGGUGCUUGGUAUAGGCAUGGACAUAAACGAGUUAUCAGUAAUCAGAGGCGAGAAAUCUUAUUCUGAGAUUGAUGCAGAAAUGCCUUCUAGUGAAUGUGCAAUCGACACUUGUAAGAGGUUUGGAGAAAAUCUUCUGUUGCCUCCUGAUGGCAAUCAAAUCCAAGUUCAACGAAAGGAAGAAGGUUCUUCUGAGAAGCAAGAUAGUAACCUGCAACUGCAAGAGUGCCCAGGACAGAUUGCUGGAGAAGUUAUACCUGCGAAUCCGAAGCCUCGUGAACGUCCUGGGCGCAGGCAAAAAAAUCAUAUGCAAUCUGUGGCAGGCAAUAAUCCUGAAGACCUCAAAACUCGGAGACCGAAAGCAAGCGACAGGAAGUUCGUCGUCGCAGUGCCUCCACCAGACCAAACAUGGCUGGAUCUCCCUUGCCGGCUGCCGGCCGUCGUCCCGAGAGCGAAGAAGCAGGGGAGGAAGGUUCUGGUGCUGGAGGACCCACGCGCCAGGCGAUGGCCCGUGCUGUACCAGUGCACGCCGCGGUUCAGUGGCUUCAUCGCCGGCUGGGUCGACGUCUGCAGGGAGAACGGCCUCCGUGAAGGCGACGCCUGCGAGCUCGAGCUCCGCGGUAACUCCGAACUCGAGCUCCGAGUGCGCCCGCCCGGUUCUAGCACUGGUCCGUAGCCACACGCUCGCUCUGUAUUUGCCUUGCAAGAUGGCACAGGAGUAAGAACUGAAGAUCGAUCCUGCGAGUUAUAGGCUCAAGUGUAAAUGUUCCUGCAAUCCCGCAGUCCUGCAAGAAGAAACUAAACUGUGCGCGUGUAUUUUUUUGUU